AUGGAGUGGUUGGUCGGGUUCUAUUGCUGGAUAGCAUGGUCAAUUUUGUUAAGCCUAUUAGUUACUUGUAAAAAAGCAAGCCGAUUUAAGAAGCCUCCCAAAGGAAGUCCCAAUGUGUUGGUCAAGCAACAGAAGCCACUGCUUGACACGCCCAAAGAGAAGUCACCGGCUCCCACUCUAACACCGACUUCUAAAAGCACGCCAAAGAAAAGUAAGUGUAAUAUAAGGUCAUUAUAUAGUUCAGAAAGCAGUUCGUAUUAUCUAGCUUAGCUAUGCUAUACUAAAACAACCUAUUCUUAAUUUAAAAAACCUUUUUUUCGUUAAAAAUUCUCAAAACAGCCUUAUCUUACCAACAAUUCAGCCUCGCAAAGGCAACGCCGAGAUAAUGCCAAAACCCCCAACUCUUGUGACAAAAGUCGCGACUCUGGACUCGACAGUAGCAACAAGGACAAACCGAAACUGGCUUCAAGCAAAUCCAAACACUCAAAAAGCAAACAUACCAAGAGAACGGGCAACGAAAGUCGAACGAGUACACCGGUCAAGACUGGCAGCUUCGAUCCGUUCCUGAACAGUUCAGACGAAAAGUUGCGACUAGCCAAGAUAGCCAAGAUCAAACAGAAUUAUCGCGACAAUAAGCGAAAGGAAAAGUCACAUUCCAGCGAAAAAGUAAGGGUUUAUAGUUAGUUCAUUCACUAAAACAAUGUAUGAAUGUAAAUUAAUAUUAAAACAAUAUUCUGAUAUUUGUAGCAAUCCCUGACGCAAGAACAGAAGACCCAAGGUUCACAUCGAUCUCACAAACGAAAGAAGCUCUCCAAGGCCAAGAAGAAAAAGAGAGGUCUGACCAAGAUGAUCCGCAACUAUGUAAUAGAAGACGACGAGGUUCUGGAGCCGCCAGUGCCCUUGGAAGACCUUAAUGUUGACAACGACUUCCCCUGUCAGAAGAAAGAAAAGUCAGUGAUCGAGUUUGUGAUAGACAAUCAGGAAAACAACCAGAUAGUCGUCUCCAGCAACUCCAACCACGACCUCAAGAACAAGACACGGUCCAGCGACAAGAGUCACAGUAAACAGGAAUAA